CCAGUCAGUUAGAGGAGUUCAUCUAGCAGGUGCUCAACUUUGCCCAAAGGGUAUAGAUGUGAUACUAACUUCUGGCUACUUUGGCUCUGAUCUGGACCCAGAAACAACUCCUCAGCCCCACUUCCUCAUGGGGGAGACUAGGAGGCAGCGUGCCUGGGUUCUGCAAAGCUGUCAAGGGAGGGGAGAGCUGCCUCCGGGGACGUCACCCAGCAGACUUCCUCUCUAAGCCACACAGGAAGAAGAAAGGGCCCAGCACCCUGCACCCCUGGCCCAUUGCCUCAGCACAGGCCCCACCACUAGGGACCCCCAGGAAGCUUGUCCUGGCCACACUGUGCUGCACCCAUUCAGCAGGGGGACCAUGGGAUCCGGUAUCAAUAUGAGGAUUGAGAAUUCAGAAUGGAAACCAGCAGGGAAGGCCACUGAAAUAGCCAGGGAGGAUCCCAAGAGCACGUUUGCUUGGUUCUUUGAGGCUGCCUAUCCCACCUCUCUGCAAGAAGCACCCCCCAUCUUGCGUCAAUUCCCUAAGGAUUUCUGUGAUCAGGAAUUAAUGCAAACGGUACCCAAAUUCUGUUUCCCUUUCGACUUGGAGAGGGCAGGCCUCAGUCUAGCUGCCCAGCACUUCACCUUUGUCCUAACCGACUUGGCUGGGAGCAGGAGAUUUGGCUUCUGCCGCCUGGGGACCAGUGCCAGGAGCUGCCUCUGCAUACUCAGUGACCUGCCCUGGUUUGAGGUUUUCUACAAACUGCUCAACAGUGUCGGGGACCUGCUAGCCCAGGAUCAGGUCUCUGAGGCUGAAGAGCUUCUCUCUACCCUGUAUCUGCACCCAGUUCCUGGGCCAAAGGCCCCUUUGGGCCUGUCCCUUCAGGAGGGCAAGCUGAAAACUACCAGUCACCCCAGUCCCCUACCUCCUGCACCUGGGACCAACCAACUGCUCUCCUGCUUCAUCGCUCCAGAUUCUGCUUGCCUGCCCUCCAUCCCAGAAAACAGGAACCUGACAGAGCUGGUGGUGGCUGUGGCUCCAGAGAACAUCGUAGGCCUCUACAGCUCUCUGCUCAGUGAGCGUAGAGUUCUGCUCACUGCCAGCAAACUCAGCACAUUGACAGCCUGUAUCCAUGCAUCCUGUGGCUUGCUGUACCCUAUGCAUUGGGAACACGUACUCAUCCCCACACUACCCCCUCACUUGCUGGACUACUGCUGUGCCCCUAUGCCUUACCUCAUCGGUGUCCACACCAGCCUCAUUGAGAGGGUGCGGGACAAGGCCCUGGAGGAUGUGGUCAUCCUGAAUGUGGACACAAACACCUUGGAGUCACCAUUCCAGGAUGAGGAGACACUCCCCCCAGAUGUGGUGUCUCUCCUGAAACUAAGGCUAAGAAAGGAAGCUUUGGCUGCGGGUGAUGGCAUAUCUCAACUCUUCCUGAAGGCCCAAGCUGCACUCUUUGGUGGCUACAGAGAUGCGCUGAUUUACAGUCCCGGACAGCCCGUGAAGUUCAGCAAGGAGUCUUUCCUGGCUCAGAAGCCAGGACCUGUACAGGCCUUCAGACAAAGUGCCAUCCAUCUCCAACUCUUCAAACAGUUCAUUGACGAGCGCCUGGAGAGGCUGAAUUCUGGUGAAGGCUUCUCAGACCUAUUUGAGCAGGAGAUCACUAGCAAUGAGCUGGGCUCAGGAAGCCUUCGAUCCUAUCAGCUCUGGGCAGACAAUCUGAAAAAAGGUGGAGGAGCCCUCUUGCAUUCUGUGAAGGCCAAAACUCAGCCAGCCGUGAGGAACAUGUACCGAUCCGCCAAGGUUGGGCUCAAGGGAGUGCAAAAUCGGUUGAGGUCCAAGGAUAGUGACCCCUUGCUGCAGAGGGGGGGUUCUCUUCGGGUUCCAGCCCCUGACAACCGCUCAGAACGUCUUCAACACCGUCUGCCCAUCACACACCACUUUGGUCAGUCCAGGCCCCUACGUCCCCGUCCCCAGAGGUCCCAAUCCCGACCAGAGGAGGAUGAGAUGCCUGUGGGAGAAGAACAAAGGGAUUCCCUCUCUGGGCCCAAGGAUCCCUGGGGACUAGAAGACUUGGACAGCAGCUUUCUGGGCUCAGGAGAACUGGACCUGCUUGGGGAGAUCCUCGACAAUCUAAGCAUUGGGAUGUCUGAGCCUGGAGAAUCCCCUGGUAUCCACCCCAGCCACAGCCUGGACAGCUGCCGAGUGAAUGAGGGCAGCUGUUUCAGCUUGAUACUCCCAGAGGAAGAGGAAACUUCAAAAGCAGAAGAAUUGCUGUCCCCCACAGUCCCUGCUGCAGCUCUUCUCAGUCAGGGGUCAGAAGAACCCAGCACUCCCCAAACCUCUACAGAGACUAGGGUCCCCCAAGUUCGUUCCCUGAAUCAUCAGCACCUCUUGGCUGAAGAAGAAAUUAAAGAGCCAAAGUUGCUGCCCCAUGGAUCCCUUGCUGUACCUCAAUCCUCCCAAGUCUCUGUAGAGCCUGAGACUCCCAACAUCUGUGCAGAAUGCAGGCCUCCCAGCCCUAGGCCUAUUCCCCGGGACACUGGUAGAGGGGCGCCCCCAGACCUCAGAGAGGGGGUUUCUAUUCAGCCCAGGGUGGCUCAGCUCAAAAAGCGGUUUGAGGGUUAGGGGAAAUUCCUCUGGCCCUGUCAAGCUAAGAAAAGAAAUCCAAAUAUUAAUAUGGGUUUCUUCCCAAUCCCAUACAAUACCAAUUUCACUUAUAGAAUCAAGCUCCACCGGCCUUGAAGUCCCCUCCACUGCAAUAAAGCUGUUUGUCCA